UGUAAAUAAACAAAUCGAUAUAUUUUUAUGUUAUUUAACACAAUAAUGUUUUUUAAGCUAGCAAAGUGUUUCAGGUCAAAAACUUUGUUUUAUACUUUUAAUAAAGAAUAUUUACAGUUUUACCCUGGAUCAAACUAUUACCUUUCACAUGUUGCCAAAUAUACAGAAAUUAAACAUCCUUUGAAAAAAGAAUUAUCUGGCAUAUAUCCAAUUGCUUAUGAACCAAAAGAAGUGGAAAAAGGAUGGUAUGAAUAUUGGGAAAAAAAUGGGUUGUUUUAUGAAGGAGCAAGAAAUGACCAUGGGCCACAUGAUCAAAAACUUGAAUUUUGUCUUGUUUUACCACCACCCAAUGUGACAGGAAAUUUACAUAUUGGUCACACUCUUACUGUGACUAUUCAGGAUUGUAUUUCAAGAUGGCGAAGAAUGAGAGGAGAGAAAGUUAUUUGGAUUCCAGGUUUUGAUCAUGGAGGUAUUGCCACUCAAACCAUAGUUGAAAAGAAAUUAUUAAAGGAAAAAAAGAUAACAAAACAAGAGCUUGGAAGAGAAAAGUUUUUAAAGGAAAUUAAUGAAUGGAAAACUUUAACUCAAAAGAAUAUUGAAAUGCAACUGAAAUUGCUUGGGGCUUCAUUAGAUUUUCAAAAGUCAUCAUUCACAUUAGAUGCUAAUACUUCCAAAGCUGUUGCAAAAGUGUUCAUAGAUUUAUUUGAAAAUAACCUUAUUUAUCGCAAGGAGAAAUUAGUUAAUUGGUCUAGUCAAAUUCGCUCUGUGAUAUCUGAUAUUGAAGUAGACCAUUUGGAGAUACCACAAAAAAAGAAAGUUAGAUUACCAGGUUUGAAAGAUCCUGUUGAAUUAGGAUUAAUGGAUUAUUUUUAUUAUCCUGUUGAGAAUUCUGAUGAGAAAAUUUUAAUUGCUACAACAAGGUUGGAAACAAUGUUAGGUGACUCUGCUGUUGCUGUGAAUCCAACAGAUACAAGAUAUACACAUUUGGUUGGAAAAUGUGUGAAACAUCCUUACACCGGUGAAAGUUUGCCUAUUAUAUUUGAUGAAAAUGUAAAUAAAGACUUUGGAACAGGUGCUAUGAAGGUCACUCCAGCUCACGAUAGUAAGGAUUAUGAAUUGGGAAUCAAACAUAAUUUGAAAAUAUUUGAUAUAUUAGCAGAUGAUGGAAGAAUAGAUAUGGACAUUGAAAAUUUCCAGGGAAAGCAUCGAUUGGUUGUCAGAAGUUUGCUUAGAAAGAGUUUGUCAGAUAAAGGAUUGUACAAAGAAACUAAAAGUCAUUCUAUGACCAUUCCUUUCUGCAGUAGAAGUGGGGAUAUUGUUGAACCUCGUCUUAAAGAUCAGUGGUAUCUUGAUUGUACAGAGAUGGGGCAAAAGGCUGUUGAGGCUGUGAAGAGUAAAAACCUUCAAUUUAUUCCUGAUCAUCAUGAGAAGGUUUGGUUUGAAUGGUUCAAACAUCUUAAAGAUUGGUGUAUUUCAAGACAACUUUGGUGGGGCCAUCAAAUACCGGCUUAUAGGAUUCAACAAAGUUCUGAUGAAUUGAAAAAUGAUUUGUGGAUUGCAGCUACUUGUGAGAAGGAAGCUAUAGAAAAGGCAUCCAAAAAAUACAACUUGGAUCCUAAGUCUAUAAAAGCUGUUCAAGAUGUUGAUGUCUUGGACACAUGGUUUUCAUCAGCUUUAUAUCCACUCACAGCCCUUGGUUGGCCAUCCCAGGAUGAAUAUUUUAAAAAAUACUAUCCUCUGAACUUGAUGGAGACAGGUUUUGAUAUUUUAUUCUUCUGGGUGGCUAGAAUGGUAAUGCUUGGAGAGCAUAUAACUGGAAAGCUGCCUUUUACAGAGGUACUUCUUCAUGGUAUGGUUUGUGAUUCACAUGGUCGCAAAAUGACAAAAUCAUUGGGAAAUACUAUUGAUCCUUUAGAUGUCAUUAAUGGAGUGUCCUUAGAGGAUCUUUUGCAGCGAGUUAAAGAUUGUCAGGAUUCAUUGACUCCAGAAGAAGUGAAAUUGUUGUUAAGUGCUAACAAGCAAAACUUUCCAAAUGGCAUUCCUGAAUGUGGAACAGAUGGCUUACGUUUUUCUCUCUUAACUCAUGAUAUUCAAAAUCAACGAAUCAGUAUUGAUGUGAAAUCCAUUCGCAUUUGUCGUCAUUUUUGCAAUAAAAUAUGGCAAGGUUUUAGAUUAUUUACCAAAGCUAUCGAAAAUUGCCCAAGAGAAAGUCUUACUACACUUUCAACAGAAGAAGUACUGAAUUUAAAGGAGAGUGAUGUUGAUCACUGGAUACUGAGUCGCCUAGCUGGUCUUGUUGUUGUGAGCAACACACAUUUCGAAACAUAUGAAUUCCAUUUGGUUGCUAACGCAAUAAGACAAUUUUGGGUGCAAAACUUCUGUGAUGUGUACAUUGAAUAUGCAAAACCUGCUUUAUUGGAAAAUGAGGAGAGACGUUUGUUUAUCUGUAGAGUUUUAUUGACAUGUAUAGAGACAUUUUUAAAGAUUAUUUCUCCCAUGAUGCCUUUUAUUUCUGAAGAACUCUACCAAAGGUUACUUCUCUUAGCAAACAUUGAAUCCUGUCCAAGUGUUUCACUUGCUAAAUAUCCAACUCCAGACCAAUAUUCAGGUUGGAGAAAUACAAUGUUAGAAGCUGAUGUACAUACUGUAACAGAAUUAAUUGGUGUUGCCCGGUCACUCAAAUCAAAACAUGGUGCUACUCAGAUGCGACCUGCAGUUGUAGUUGCUGUUGAUGAGGAAAAUACAUUGGCAGCUUUAAAUCCCUUCAGUGAUCUCAUGGCUUUGCUAGCUAAACUCGAGUCAGUUACUUUUCAUCUCACUCAGGGUCAAGAAUUCUUUGAGCAAUAUCCUGGAGAUUCUUGGGUGUUUGAACCUUGUGAGCAUGGCAUUACUGUGAUAAUGGAUAUGAGAGAGAAACUUAAAACUGAAGAGGAUAGUUUUAGCAAGUUGGACAAAAUACGUGAAGAGCUCACUAGAUUGAAUAAAAUGCUGUCUGAUAAUGAUUAUCGUAAAAAUGCACCUUUGAGUGUGCAGGAAAAAGCCAUGGCAAAGAAAGCCUCUCUCGAAGGAGAAUUACAGAAACUUCUUAAUUAUUAUGGCAAAAAAGAAUCAGAGAAAGCAACAAAAGACUCCUCAGUGUCAUGAAGGUUCCACUGUGUCUUCCACUGUUAAUAUAGUAUCAUACAGAGUAGCUAUCAUGCCAACACAUAGAAUUUGCUACUCACAUGAAACAUAUGAUGAAAUUUUUUUUUAUGUUAAUUACUGUUGUGCUAUGGUACUUUUAUAUAUAUUUUUUUCCAUUUUUCAUUAUUUAUUUAUUACAGAUUUAAAAUAUUGAAAUGUUUUAUUUAUUUCUCAUUGUGAUAGUUUUGUGCAAUUUAACUACCCCCAUCUUUGAAAAUAAAGUUGCAUAUUCAAUAUAAUAAUUCAUUCAAAAAAAUAUAUAAAACCAAUUAUUUUGUACUGAGAAUGUAAGCAUUAUAUGGUGGAACCUUGCUUAACGAGCAUAAUUCGUUCCAAAAUCUAGCUUGUAUUGUGAAAAAAAAUCAUUAGGCAAAACAAUUGUUUCCAUAUCAAUCCAUGUAAAAUAGUACAAUGCAUUCCAUUCCGAAAAAAUUACUCAAACAAAUUUGUAAUAAUGUAAUUUAUUAUUUAUAAUGCAUCCUUUUUUCUUUUUCUUUUCCAAGAAGGGUUUCUUACCAUCCUUGUGUUUGGAGCUGCACUUCAAAAUUUAGCAAAAAUGAGAUAUUGUGAGGGGCCGUUCAGUAAAAAGUUCAAAUUAGUGUAAUUGUUAUUUAUUUAGCGGCUACGUUACACACAGACAAUUUACACACCAAAAUUUGACUAAAUUUAACAUAUGAGUAAGAGCAUGGAUGAAAGCAUGGCAUUGGCAUUGCUAGAUCUGAACUCCAUCAUAGCACCACAUGGCUUCAGAGGACACUGUUUCUGACAUCACCAUAGUCAGUUACAGUUAGCAUUACGAGAGCAGCUACAAUAUGGCAUUUUUGUUAAAUGAUUAUGUAGGAUGCACAACUAUUGGCUGAGAAGGAUUAUUCUUUUCGGCAUACAGUUCUAUAAUUCUAAAUGGUUUCAGUAUCUACCGUAUUUCAUUGGAAGGUUGUUGCUCUAUUGCGUUUAUUAUUUCUUUCUCUUUUAACAAAUAUUCUCUGCGCCUUUUUGUUGUGAUACUGAAUGUAGCUCCAUAAGUUCUUCAAUAUUUCUAGUUAUGUUCUUUCACCAGCUAUCCAACUGUAAUCUCAUAAUCUUAGUCAGAAAUAAAAUCUCAUUGAUUAAGUUCUCAUAAGCAUUUACUCAAAUCCUUCAGAGUUGCGUUCGACAAAGCUAUCUGGCUAAAGUAUCUUCCAUGUAAAUAUAAGAGUUCUCUUUAAAUAUGCACUCAAAAGAGACUGAUAGAAGCCAUUCCAACAUGUUAUAUCACAGUGUGUCUUCGCCACUGCUUCUGCGAAAUAUCGUUAGUUUAGUGAAUCACAUUUUGUGCCUUUUGUUUUGCUCGUUAAACAAAGUUUUACUGUAUUUUUCAUAUAUAAAAAUAUAUCAAUUAAUUGUGGUAUUUGUUUGCAGGCUUUCUAAUUUAUAAUGUAGUCUACUAUAUGAAGACUUCUUAAACUGUUAUUCUGAGCCCUAAAUAGGGAUUUUUGAGAAAUUCUUUUGUUUAAUGAAAACUCUUUCAACUGUUUUUAACCAAAAGUUAUUAAAAAGGAUAUUCUUGAUUUUAAAAAUUAAAAUUCACUAAUUUUUUUA